AUGGCAGGAACAAGUGCACCGCAUACGCUACCGUUUGCUUUUUGGCAACAGCAGGACCAUAAUGAUGACGAGAAUGAGAUUGAAGAUGAUAUGCAGUCCGAGCUGAUCGUUGAGCGAAUCGACUCCUGUCUGAAAGAAAACGGAGUGAAUCAUCGAACGGAAAGGUUCGCGAGUAUGAGUGCGUCAGCGAAUAGAACAGAAUCUUCACAACUAGUUAUCCGGAGAGGACAGGAGUUUCUUCUGAAGCUCAUCUGCAACAGACCGAUCGAUCCGAAAACGGACGCCAUCUCUCUCGUGUUAGCCGUUGAUCCAAUUGCAGGCGAAUGGAUCAGCCAUGGACACGGCACAGUCGUGUACAUGUUGCUGCAAACUGACGAUAACCUCGAGGAGGAUCAUGAUUCCGAUUGGAACGCCAAGCUACAAUCGACCAGUGUGAAUGAGGAAAACGCCACUGAGCUACUCAUUGCAGUCAGAACAUCUCCAAACGCUUCUGUUUCCAAAUGGACUCUAACGAUCAAUGUCAAGUCGAAGGGUUCGGGAAAAAGCACUAGUUAUCAGCUUGAUCAACCGUUCUAUCUGCUCUUCAAUCCAUGGUGUGAAGAGGAUCCAGUUUAUCUUGACAAUGAAGAUCAGCGACAAGAGUAUGUUUUGGAGGAUAUGACCAUGAUAUGGAAGGGGAACGAGCGUAGUUUUCAUGGACACAAAUGGAAACUUGGCCAGUACGAGACGAAUAUCCUGGAUUGGACCUUUCUGCUGCUAGGAGAUGUAGCUCGUGUCUCCGCCACCUAUCGUGGCAAUCCGAUUAAAGUAUGUCGUGCCCUAUCAGGAGUUGUCAACAGCAAUGAUGACUACGGUGUAUUAGUCGGUAAUUGGAGUAAAGACUACAAUGGAGGAACAGCACCAAGUGCAUGGACCGGAUCGGUUAAAAUCUUGCAGGAGUACUACGAAACAGAUAAACCGGUUCGGUACGGACAGUGUUGGGUAUUUGCCGGCGUACUAGCCACUCUAUGUCGUGCCCUCGGAAUACCUUGCCGUAUCGUUACCAAUUUCGCAUCCGCACAUGACACUGAAGCAUCCCUCACGGUGGAUAUCUACAUGGACGAGGAAGGAAACGUGAAGGAGAAUUUCUCCCGUGAUAGUGUCUGGAACUUUCACGUUUGGAACGAAGUGUGGCUAAAGCGCCGAGAUCUCGGUACAAAUGUUUAUGAUGGGUGGCAAGUUAUCGACGGAACUCCACAAGAGUUCUCCGAUGGUGCAUACAAACUCGGACCGGCUCCAGUGGAAGCCGUCAAAAACGGACUAGUGAACAUGUUAUACGAUUGUGAUUUCGUGUUUGCCGAGGUGAAUGCAGACAGAGUCUUCUGGCGCUACCGUGGACCUAGCAAACCAUUGAAAUUGAUCCAGAAAAAUACAACCGAUAUAGGACAGUUCAUUAGCACGAAGGCAAUUGGGUCGGACGACAGAGAAGACAUUACAAACAACUACAAGUGUGGCGAACAAUCGUCAGAAGCACGGAUCAUGAUGCUGCGAGCCCUCAAACUUGGCCAAAACUGUCUCACCAAACACUAUCUGAAGCAAAUCAAAGUCGAAGAUCGUACAUUGAUCAAGCAUGAAGGUCGGGAUGUUGAGUUUGAGCUGGAGCUCAACGAUCAAGCGAUGAUCGGAGAGUCGUUCAGCAUUGCCCUGCGUAUAAGAAACGUCUCUUUCGACGACACCCACAAGAUCAGUGGAAUAAUACAUCUCAAACGUAUAUUGUACACUGGUAAGAAUGUUAACACCAUCACCAGUCAUUCGUUUUCUAAAAGCGUUGGUCCAGGCAGCGAAGAAGUGAUCGAGGUACCGAUACAGUUCGAAGAUUACUACGAACCAGGAAUGGAUGAGGCCAUCUUUAAAGUGACCAGUUUUGCGAAUAUCGAGGGCGUAGACUAUGAGUACUUCUCGCAGGAAGAUUACAGUCUGCGUAAGCCAGACGUGCAGCUGGAACUCAGUGGUCGACCGGUGAUCCAAUCCACAGUAAAAGUAACCGCUUCCUUUUCCAAUCCUCUCCCAAUUCCCAUCAACGAGGGUGCGUUCCAAAUUGAAUGCUCGGGUUUGGCCAAAACCCUCACAAUACCGGUCAAUUCAGUUGCCGCAAAUGAGAGAUGUGAAGUUGUUUUCAUGAUAAGACCUUCCUUCAAGGGAAACACACAACUGUCGGCUAAAUUCCAAUCACCGGAGCUGACUGAUAUUGAGGGAUCGUUCAACUUUGAGGUAGAGGAUCGGGAAGAAAAUAACGAACUAAAUGAUGUUUUAGUUUUCUCCUAA